GCCAUCAUGGCCGCAACCUCAGUGUUUCAGAGGCUGAGAACUGGAUCUAAGUUGGGAGCGCAAUAUGACCAGGAAGGCAACCUUAUUCAGGUUGAAACGCGUGAAGAUGAGGAGCAGAAUGUUAAAUUGGCAGAAAUCCUGGAGCUGUUGGUGGCAGCAGGGUACUUCAGGGCUCGGAUCAAAGGGCUUUCUCCGUUUGACAAGGUUGUGGGUGGGAUGACCUGGUGUAUUACAACCUGCAACUUUGACAUAGAUGUAGAUUUACUUUUUCAAGAAAACUCUACAAUUGGUCAGAAAAUAGCGCUUACUGAAAAAAUUGUGUCUGUCUUGCCGAAAAUGAAAUGCCCUCAUCGUCUAGAGCCUCACCAGAUCCAGGGUCUUGACUUCAUUCACAUUUUUCCUGUUGUACAGUGGCUGGUCAAACGUGCCAUUGAACGAGAAGAAAUGGGAGAUUACAUUCGGGCAUACUCUGUGUCACAGUUUCAGAAAACACAUAGCAUUCCAGAGGAUAAUGAUUUUAUGCAGAGAAAAGAGAAGGCCAUUAAAACAGUAAUGGAUGUUUCUGAGGUUUAUAAGCCUCUGCGGAAAUACAAGAGGCAGGUUGAUGCCGAGGAACUAGUUGAUGAAGAAUCCAGAGUACACUCCACAUUGCUGGAGUAUGGAAGACUCCCUGAUUACAUACUGCGAUAUGGAUUUAGCAGGCAAGCUAAACAAGACAAGGCUGAAGAUAAGAAAGCGUCUUUGACACCAGGGCUGCCUCCUGGCAUGUCUGAAGUGUCGGAAGAAGAAGAUCUGCAAGCUGCUGAAGAGCUUCGCAUUAAAACGUUGAUGACCGGAAUGGCUGUCAUGGCAACUGAAGAGGGGAAACUGACUGCAAGCACAGUUGGCCAGAUAGUAGGACUUCAGUCUGAAGAGAUCAAGCAAAUUGCAUCUGAAUAUGCGGAAAAACAGUCGGAGCGCUCUGCUGAAGACCGGCCCGAGAGGUUUGGAGCAGCCCAGCAGCAUCGCAGACUGGUGGCAUCUCUCAACAAACAGAUUGCUCAGAAAUCCAAACAAGUGGAAGAGCUGCAAGCUAAACAUUUGGAGGUCCAAUCGGGAUAUGAAGAAGCCAAGCGUAAAUUGAUGGAGGCUGUGAACUUUACUGAGAAGUUGCAUAAGGAACUUGCUGCUUUAGAAGAACUUGAAUGUCAUGCUGAUUCAAGGUAUGUUUAACUCUUACACAGAGUGUAAAAUUUUCCAAAUGUUUUCACUGGGAUUGUUAUGCAAUGCCUUAAUUACUGUACAGUUUCUUUAACUUCUUUUAUGUAUAAUCACUUCUUGUACGGUUGAUCACAUGGUGUGGUUGCAGGUAGACCAUUGGAGUAAUUUGUUACAGGGAAGCUGCUGCUACUUAUUCUUUUAUAGUCUUGUCUUUUAAAUAUCCAUAUUCAGAACUGAAGUAAAGGAGGAGUGGUUCCAAUGUUGCAGGUGCUAUAAAGUGGUGUAGAAAUUUGUAUGGUUAGCACUUUCUGUAAAUAUCAAAAGGUAAAAAAUAUAUAUUCUUCCAUUUAAAUACUUGCUUGGAUUAAUUUGAAAUUGUAUGUGUAAACUAUACUUUAAGGCUGUAUUCUGUAUCUAUGUAAGUGAUUUAAUGUCCCGUGGGAGUGAAACCCCAGUCUUUUCAAGAAAACACACUGAUAGUUGUGGGUGUGAAUUGCAAGAAUUGUUCAGGAUUAACAUAUUUUCUUACCCUGUGUUGAUAUAAUUGUGUGUCUUUGGUCCUAAUUGGAAGCCAGAGAUGCUUGGUGGAAAUAGCUAAUUUUCCUUUGACAUAAAUUUAAAGUGCAAAGCCAUUCACAGUCAGAUAGAAACCAAAUGACUAUAGCUAGCUAAUAUUCUUGGAAUCAUACUGGUGUAAUUAA